GAAAACAAGCAGCAGAUGUGUAGUUGUUUUAGGUCCAAUUCCUUCUGCUUUCACUCUGGUGUCUUAUUCCUCUCCUACAAUGAUCCCUUUACACACUACUAGCCCGGCCCAUUGCACACACAGGCCUACAAGUAAAGCUGGGAAUCGAUUCACCGAUUCCGGGAAUCAGGGAAUCAAGAAUCAACUUGAUUCAAAGUUUUAGACUCAAUAUAAUAUUUAACACGGAGAAAUUGAUUCGGCUCAAAUUCGCGCAGAGUAGGCGAUUUGGUUCUCACUGACUCAGUAAAACAGCAGUGUUUUACAUUCCUAAACAUGGUAAAAAAUGUAUAUAAAAAAACCUGGCUUACAAUAAAACAGCACCAUCAACACUUCAGCAUUUUAGAUUAAAGAAGAGUCAGGUAAAAGAUUCAUUCAGCUCAUUCAGAUUUAAAGCAGCCGUUAAACCCGUCAUCCCUGAGAGAUAUGACAUCAGAUUGGUUAAACAUUAGUGUCAGUUCAUUCACAACCUUGAGUUCACCGAAUUGUUUUCAACUGACAAGAUGCUUGACCCGGAACCGACUCCCGGAAUCGACUCCCAACACUCGGAUUCGAGUAAGAACACAAGCGCGAGCCUUAAAGCCAACGGGAUCGCGCGCUCACAUUUAAAGGAGAAGCCGUGGGCUUCUGGUAGGCAGCCCGCUCACGUUUAACCACAUUUACAGCCAGGCUAUUGUAGUUAUCACAUGACCAGGGACACAGCAUUCAAUUACUUCACUAUUUGAUUAUAUAUCUGUUUUUUUUCUUCUUAUCGCGCGGACGUUAAUAGCCCGGUGUUUCGGUUCGGACCGAGCGGAGGGGACGUGUCAGUCUGGAUUCUCCUCGAGCUCCACGGAAGGAAAAUCGAUCCCGCCGUUAGAAUAAACAGAUCUCGAGAUUUAUUUUUUCCUCCACGAGGCGGUAAUAAAGAAGUUGGAGUGCUCGGUAUUUGUGCUGUAGUGUCCGUGCGCAGAAGUAAGUACACCGGCGGUAAAGAGAAAAGAAGAGAAAGCGGACGGGUCGAGAAGAAACACUCGAGCGCUGCUUUCAUGAAGAAAAGAACAGCGGCGAUAUUCGAGCAAAAACCUCUCCGUGACUGUCCCGCUCUGUGUCCCACACUACCGCGCAAUUUAGCUCGGGAUUUCUCUCCUGCUUUCAUUUAAAUAAAUAAAUAAAGAUCAUUUUUUCAGUACACACCGGUUCCAGAAUGCAGCUCCGGACCGUUUUGGAUGUGAAAGUGGUGGACGUGGAGAAAAGACGGCAUCCGUCCAAACACUACGUGUAUCUCAUCAAUGUCACUUACUCUGAUUCCACUUCCCACAUUAUCUACCGCAGAUACAGCAAAUUCUUCGACCUUCAGAUGCAGCUUCUUGACAAGUUCCCAAUCGAGGGAGGGCAGAAGGACCCCAAAAAGCGCAUCAUCCCUUUUCUUCCAGGUAAAAUCCUGUUUCGACGAAGUCAUGUACGAGAUGUGGCCAUGAAGAGACUGCGCUUUAUAGAUGACUAUUGCAGGGCGCUGGUGCGACUUCCUCCCCAGAUCUCCCAGAGCGAGGAAGUACUGCGCUUCUUCGAGACCAAACCAGAUGACACGAACCCUCCUGUAGAGGACUAUGGCACCAAGCGGAAAUCAGUUUGGAUGUAUGGCCUACAGGACAGUCCCACCAAGUCUGAGGCUUCAGGCCUGGACAGCAGUGAACCCAUGGUGCUGGAGCAGUACGUGGCUGUGGCCAACUACGAGCGGCAGGAGAAUUCUGAGAUCAGCCUGCGCGCCGGCGAGACGGUGGACGUAAUCGAGAAGAGCGAGAGCGGCUGGUGGUUCGUCAGUACUACAGAAGAACAAGGCUGGGUUCCUGCCACAUAUUUGGAUGCUCAGACUGGCACUAGAGACGAUCUGGACCUGGGCACGUCUAGAUCAGGAGAGGUUACUAAGCGGCGCAAGGCCCAUCUGAAGCGACUGGACCGGAGGUGGACACUAGGGGGCAUAGUCAACCGCCAACAGAGUCGAGAGGAAAAGUACAUCGCUGUGCAGCCCUACACCAGUCAGGGUAAGGACGAGAUCGGGUUUGAGAAAGGAGUAACCGUGGAGGUCAUUCAGAAGAACCUAGAGGGAUGGUGGUAUAUCAGGUACUUGGGCAAGGAGGGCUGGGCCCCGGCUUCAUACCUGAAGAAGUUGAAGGACGACCUGUCCCCAAGGAAGAAGACCCUGACUGGCCCCGUGGAAAUCAUAGGUAACAUCAUGGAGAUCAGCAAUCUGCUCAACAAGAAAGCCGUCAGCGAGAAAGACGUGCAGACAGAUGGAGAGCCCACCACACCAGAUCGUCACAUCUCCAAGAGCGAGAUCAGUCUUCCCAUGCCAUGUGCCCCUGAAGUAGACCAAACUUCAAUGACAGCCAGCACUGCCCCAAAGGCAGUCUUGCAGUCUGCAUGUAGUGCCACCUUACAAGACACUAAGCCAAAGGCAGAGCCGGGCUCGCCUGCUAUAGCAAGAGUGGCGCCACACCGAGUGGAGAUCGGAUCUCCAAACCUCAGACAGAAACCUCCCCCUCGACGCGAUACAAAUCUGGGAUUCCAGCUGCCAAAGCCUCCAGAGCCCCCCACUGUGGAAACAGAGUACUACACCAUUGCAGAGUUUCAGUCCUGCAUCUCAGAUGGCAUCAGCUUCCGUGGAGGACAAAAGGCUGAUGUAAUAGAGAAGAACUCUGGUGGCUGGUGGUAUGUCCAAAUUGGGGACAUGGAGGGUUGGGCACCUUGUUCCUACAUUGACAAGCGCAAGAAGCCUAACCUAAGCAGGAGAACUAGCACACUCACUCGGCCCAAAGUGCCACCCCCGGCACCACCUGUCAAAAAGCUGGACUCAGAGGAUACAUCCUGCCCCACUGCUUCCACCUCCAAAGCUCCAGAAUCCCCCAGUAGGCCUGUAUAUGAGGAGCCGGAGUAUGACAUUCCUGCUAUUGGAUGUGAUCUGGACGUGGACACAAGCAUUAUGAAAAAGGAGCCUCGUCCUGUGCUUAUAAAAAGCAGUAAAGCUGCGGCUGAAAGAAUCGCUCAGGCUACAGGUAAAGCCUCACCUCUUUUUACUGUGAAGACGUCCCCCUUAAGGAAUGAACACACAGUGGAAGAAGUCACCAGGGAGGAGGCAAUUUAUGAGAAUGAUGGUUUUAGAUAUUCCUCUGAUGACUUUGUCUGUGCCAGAGAAUCUUGUGCUGUGGGUUCAGAAUCCCCAAGAAGUCGUACUUUGGGCCGCAAACCCAUGGGGUCUUCAUCUGGGGGAGGAAAAUCUUUCAGGGACCCUCCAGAUCUGCGCACUCAGUCACUAACCCGUGGCGAGAAGACCAGCCCAAGAUUGUCUUCAGACGAAUCUGGCCGAAAUCCCAAAAGGGAGCCAGUUUUGCGCAAGGAUGUGGAACUCCGGAUUGGUCAGAGCCCCUCAACUCGUCCCAAGCCAGUGGUCCGACCCAAGCCCCUAUUGACCAAGUCUGAAACACAAAGCCCAGAGAGGAUGGACAUCAGUAGCUUGCGGCGACAGUUGCGUCCUGCAGGAAUUCGGCAUGGGAUAGUCCGUGCACGUGGUGGAGAUGACUCCGAGACAGCAUCAGUGGUGUCAUCAGAGGAUUCUGUGACCUCUCGUAGCACUUCAGACCUCUCCAGUACCUAUUCUAAGGGCAGCAGAGGGGACUCUGAUUAUGAGGGUACCUUGUAUCGUACUACAGAUGCGUAUGAGCGGGCACAAGAAUCCGAGAUCAGCUUUCCUGCUGGUGUGGAAGUGGAGGUACUUGAAAAGCAGGAGAGUGGCUGGUGGUAUGUCCGCUGGGGUGUAGAUGAGGGUUGGGUACCUACAUUCUACCUAGAGCCUAUUAGGCAACCUUCAGAUGCAGGUGUCUCAGAGUCUCAUGAUGGAUCCCUGGCAGAGCUGAGCAACACCAGCAAGUCGAAUAGCUUAGAAAAGAAUGAGCAACGUGUCCAGGCUCUCAAUAACCUAAAUCAGCAGAAUCUACGUCGGGCAACAAAUCCUAGCCCUCCUAUACCCAACAAGCCACCUGGAGGCUUUAGUAAGCCAUCUCCCCAGCUCAACGGUUCAGGUGUACGAAUGCGGAACGGCGUUCGUCAGGCAGCUGUGCGACCGCAGUCAGUUUUUGUGUCCCCACCACAGCCUGUGAAGGACACCAAUUUAUACACAGGGUCCUUAAGGCGCAAUGAAUCAUUAGGUGCCAGCGAUCACAUGAGGUCUAGUGGUGGCGUGCGCCGAAACUCGUCCUUCACUGCUGUGCGGCCACAGCCUGUUACUGAUGUAAGAAUGAGGUCUGGAACCACCACAGUUGCACCAGCAGGAAGCUCUAGCCCCUUAAUUGCCCAGAGGAAUGGAAUUCCAGUCUCUACAGUGAAGCCCAAACCCAUAGAAAAGACGCAUCUCAUUCAUAACAACUUACGGGAAGUCUAUGUCUCUAUUGCAGAUUAUCGUGGAGACGAGGAGACUAUGGGCUUCCCUGAAGGCACAAGUCUGGAGGUUCUAGAAAAGAACCCUAAUGGAUGGUGGUACUGCCAGGUUCUAGAUGGCCUACAAGGAAGGAAAGGCUGGGUGCCAUCCAAUUACCUUGAAAGAAAGAAAUAGCACCGACUCACCUCCCCAAAGAAUGUUACUUAAAUUUAAAUGUACAUUUGCUAUCAAACUCUAUGAGGAGGACUUUUUUGUAUCAAUAUGAGACACUUUAGUGCUGGUUUACUUAAAAGUACAUAAGACUUUAAAGAUGAUCAGUUAUGUGUAAGUGGAGUACACAAGUAAGAAAAUGCCAUCGAGCAAAACUGGGCUAUCCCAGUGUCUUAAGCAUCAUUGGAGGAUAAUGUCUCCAGUUUGAAAGAAGAACAGAAAUGGUUUUGAUAGAAUGGUAGAUCCAGGCAAACGUUGAGAGAAAUUUUAUGCCAAAUGGGUGCCUUUGUCCAUCAUUGACUGAAUGUUAAAUGGAAUAAUUUAAACACCAGUGAAUCAGUAUAAGUACCAAACUUCAACUUGGUGCCAUAGGCCUAUGAGUGCAGAAAUCCACCAAAACUAUUUUUGCUAUAAAAUUACAGAAAAAAGAGAAAUGGAAAGAUUUCAGCAUGGGGGGUAACACACAAAAUGAGUGAGCACUCAAAAACAAGAAUGUAAGACCUCGGAUACACAAAUAACAAAAUGGUCUUUACCGUUGGGUGCAUUUAAAGAUUACAUUUGAUUUUCAUAUUUUGAAACUUUUGUUCAGUUUUUAAAAAAAAUUGCUUUAUCGUAUCUUGUGCAUUUUCAUGUCUUCCUUAGAGAUGUAUUUCUGCUUUCUUGGGACAUCCCUGCAACUCUAUCGGCCUGGAAAAAGAAGUACCUCACCGAGAUACUUGUCAUAUGAUCUUUCAUUUGUUCUGAUGUGUCUCUGAUGAGGGUUUCAUAAUUGGCUUUAAGUAUUUGGCUCUCCAUUUUCCUUUACCCCUUUUCUUACCUAUAAAGCCCAGCCAUUAUGAAUAAAGGUUACUGAUUCAAUCAAGAAUAAGAUGUGGUGCAAUUAUGUGUAACUCAGAUCGACAGGAAAUUGGAUAUUUUAUGAUAAGUUGGAUUUUAAUACUUUUUACCCACCUCAUAUCUGGGUGUCAAGCCCAGACAAAAGUUUAGUUUACAAAAAUGCACAAAACAGGUUAUAUUGCUGCUCUAGGUCUACUAUAUUUACUGUUUUAAAAUUUCGUACUGGAAUAUAUGGCUGACUAUUCGCCAGCCUAUCCCAGGGAAUUAGUUACAUAGAAAUGAGCCCAAAAUGUGAUCAAACGAAAGCAAAAUGCCAACAGGUUUGCUAGUUUGUUUUGUUUUAGUUUAGUAUUUAUUUUGUGGUUACAAAGAACUUCGGUGUAGUCAGUGAACCCAAACGAGGUUUUAGAACUGAGCAAAAAUAGAUAUUUAAUUACUAUUAUCUGGAAGCACUUGAUUUUUUUUUUCUUUACCCACAAAAAGCGCAUUGAUAUGCAAGGUUACUUUCAACAUAUAACAAUAUUGCUGGGCAGUAUUGGAUUCAAAGUUGAAGUUACACAUCAAACAGUUCAGCUCAAUAUUAGAUUGUGUUUCCCUUGUUUUAAAAAAUGGACAUACAAUUAAAAUGUCAUCUACAGAUGAAUACAGCUUGAAUAAUCAUUCUUUCCAAAAUUUGAUUUGUUUACUCAAAAUAAAUAAACGAAUUAGUCCCCCUCUUUGAAAGACCCUAAUGUAAAAAAAUAAAUAUAUGGUUGUGAUCCAUGUCAAAAGGCUGAUGUUCAAGACUGCUGAAAUAUUUUUCUAACGAACGGUGCCGUGUGAACUCUUAGUCAGGUCAAGCACUAAUUUUUUUUUGUUUAGUUUUUCUGCUGGACAGUAUUAUAGUAUUAAACAAAGUUAAGUACCUGCUAGAUUGCAGUUAUAUUCUAUUAAGCAGUAGUUAGUUGUUUGUUUGUUUGUUUGUUUUCUUUCUUUUGUUCUUGUUGUGUGAUCACACUAGGACAAUAAUGAUGAAUGGAGUGGUUCAUUUGUUGUGAGAUGGUGCAUUCUUUUGGUAAAUCAAAAAUGCAUCUAUUUAAAGAUGCAGUGUACACAUCAGCACAUUAUUUAUUGAACAAAUUUUUUUUGUAUUUAUGAUUAUUUAAUUUUUUAAAGGAAAAUAUUAAUUACCUCUUCUCAUUUUACGCUCAGUGCUUGUGCCACUGCAUAACGAAUCCUCACUGGCGCCCUCUAGUGAAACAGAUUGGCUAUAUUCUGGUUAUAUUUUUUGAACUGUCAUUAGUCUGAGGCCACCUGACAUUUUCCCAAUUGUUUUUGAAUACGAACGCAGCUGAACAUUUAUUCAUAUAGAAUUUAUUUGAUCAGGUCAUAUUUUUUCCCUACACCUUUUUUUUUCCUCAUGUUUUUUUUUUUUUUUCUUUUUUCAAAAGCUGAUUGCUGCACCUUUAGCAACUAUGGACACUUCCUCUCUCAUUAUUGGACUUUCUAUAAUGCCAGAUUUUGUAUUUGUUUCAUCCCUAUACACUAUUUCUUCAAUUAGAAUUUGGAAAAGUUACAAUUGAGGGGGUAAAAAUAAUGAGAAGAUAAUGAAUCAAAUUUACCAAGCGGAGUAGUUUUCAAAUGAAUUGAUUCAGUCAUUCAGAAUGCAGAUAAUUAAUCUAUAGGGAUAUUAUUUAUAUAUAAUAUGCCAUAAAGGUUUGCUAAAUUAGAAUGUAAAGAGAGUUUAAUUUAAUUUUAGUGCCAAUGCCCCCCCCCCCCCCCCGCCCAUCACCCUGACGAAGGCAUUAUAGAAAUGUGUCGACUCACUCCAACACUUUGAAUGGACAUUGCUUCUGUCAAGUAAAUUCCAUUUACAUUUUGCGCUUUGUUAGGUCUCCAUCAACAAUUUACAAGGGAAAUAUUACUUCACGCUAGGCCUUUUUUUAUUAUGUUAUUGUGUAUCAUCUAUCCUUUAUGUUCUGUCUUCCUUUUUUUAUAUAUAUAUAUUUUAUUGCGGUUUAUUAUUUGCUCCAACACCCCUAAUCAACCAUCCUCCAACCCCACCCCCCACCCCCCUCCUGUGUGUGGUUUUUUUUUUUUUGACGCAAAUGUAAUGAGGAAAUGUGCAAUAGAAUAACCGGCAUCUCACCAAAAAAAAAAAAAAAACUGUCAGAGGUUUUUUGAUACUGGAUCAAGACCCUUACUUUUUAAUGUCAGCUUUUCACAUCAAGUCUAAUGAACAUCGACUGUCAUCUCUGUUCCACAUUUUCUGACUGGAUAUUCUGAAUGUCCCAAUAUGCAGGACAGAUGGACAUUGGUGCCUGACUUCAUAUCAGGACUCCUUGACCCAAACCUUUGUGUUGCUGCCAUUUGUGUUGUUGUAUUGUCACAAGACCACAACUAAUGAUGAUGCCUUUAUAUUUCUGCCAGUGGGAUAAAAUUUGAAGUGGGGGACAUUGGAGUCUUCCUCCUUCACACUGCCAGUGUUUUUAUGUUUCCGUCCAUCCCACUGGCUUGUACCCUUCUCUCAAAUUUAAAAGCAGGACCUUUGACCAGCUGUAACUUUCAUCUGGUGUUUCACUCUGUACCUCUACAACCAAUCAAAACAGGGAUUCUCUUAACCUCGUAACUAACCUUUAGACGUCAGAAAGCAUUGCGUUGUUGAACAUGUUUUUUUUCCUUCAAUUUACUAAGUCCCUGUGCGAUUCGUAUCAGCAUUGUUUGAAUGUAACAAGGCCACUUUAGUACAAGCGAGUGCAGUCUCAGUAAUACAGAUAGCAAAUUGUACUUUUUCUUGUUGUUGGGACAUAUCUUGUACCUUUAGUUUGUAUCUUUUACCUGGGAAGCUGCAUAUAGAUACGCAUUAAAAGAUAUGUACUCAAGGUCGAAAAUAUGCUCCUCUGAUGGUACCAUCUCAUCACCGAGGAAAAGUACAAUGUGUUCCCAUUAUUUCUGAGCGUAUCGAGUAACUGGAUCAAAGAUACAGAGAAUCCAACAGGUCUUUUAAAAACAAUUUUAUCCUUGAGGAUUUUAGAGGCCUUUUGAUCUAUCGGAUAUUCUCGUUCUCACAAGGGAAGUCACUCCUGACAACUUGAGCCUUUUCUGUUUGAAAAAGUCGGCCGAGUGAAACAGAACUCAUGCAGCACUACAAUUUGCGCUCAGUCGUCUUGCUGCCUAUUUUUCUCUGCUGUUCAUGUCACUCUUGGAAAAAAAGGUUGCAUCCUAAAAGGUUCUCCAGCUUGUCCUUCAGGGGAGCCUUUAAAGGUUCUAUGCAGCAUUCUAGAAGAAAGUAUAGAAUUCGUUUAUAAUACUGCUAACUAUCCAAUAACCUCUGAGGACCCUUUUUUUCUAAGCGUGUACAUAGCGUUAUAUUUUACAGUGUUCCUCUGUUGUGUUCCUUAACUUAAUCGGAGACUCAUUAGCUCAUUAGCCACAUUUACAAGACUGAAUGUUUUUAUUUUUUUGUGCUCUAAAUUAGUGUUUCGAAGAUCCUCCUUGCCUCUGAUCAGCCGGUCUUUGUCCCAUCUGAAAAUAAAUCAGUGCUUGAGAGCUCAUUUUCAGCCUAGGUUUCAAGCAUGGGAUAAAUCCUGAACGGCGGGGGUUUGUAAGAGUGUAUGUGCAUGAACGUGUGGAGAUAGUUUGCAUGUUGGUAGGAUUUAUGAGAAGGUGGAAAGAGAAUGUUGAUCGAUGGAUGUGUUAGUUAGUUUAGGAGGCGGUUCGGGCUCAGUCAGGUGAUAAGAGAUCAAGUCGGACAGCUGUGAUGUACCUGUUCAAGGACAUUCGCUCGAAUUGUAGCCAUGAAGACAUGAAAUCUGACAGGUGUCGGGGAAAACUGCAUGAAACAGAUUACCAAGCUUCAGAGAUAAUUAACGGUCAGUAUGAGGCCUGUGUAGCCUGUAUGAAUCAUGUAUAGCUGAGCCGGGAAGCCUUGACAGCUCGUCUGAGGUUUUAGUAAAAGCUCUAGCUGGUGCAGCUUUGCCUCGGGCCUGCAUUUCUAAAAAAAAAAAAAAAAAAACAUGGCUUAUUGCUAGUGCUUUGGUAGAUGAUUGCGUCUGGCGUCAGGGCCUUUUGGUAUUCCACACGGAUCGACUGUGGGCGGCCUUCAUUACAAAGCAGACGUUUGGAGCACUGUGGGCACAGAGUGCUGCUGUGAAAUCACAUUAGCCAAGCAGCCAGUUAAUUACAGCUCUUUGGGGGUCGCAUCCUGAAUCCCAGUGACAGCUAACUGAGGAAAUCGAGAAGUGCAUAUGGAUUAAUGAUGUGUCAGCGAGGGGAAACGUCUUCCCAUCCGACAUUUGGCUUUAUUCAGAGCCGCUAAAACAUGACCACUGGAUCGACCUGACUCGAAAGACCUUUUGGUGAGGAGCUGAAAGAGAAAGCUAGCUGUAUGUGUGGUCUGGUGAGACAUAUGAAGUGUUUUUGAGGAAUUUCUGUAGGUGUUCAUUUCAUGUUUGGGGUUUAUCCGGCGCUGUUGACACGAUAGAGCUGGAUCCAGAGUGGCAGGGUGCUGUGUUUUUCAUGCUGCCUUGUUGAUGAGAAGCAGCGAGGAACGGCGAACACGAUGGGUCUGUCUAAUGUCUCGCCGCUUGCUAUCUCUGUCGCUGUUUGACUCCUCGCUCUAAUUAUCAUUUCUCUUGUAUUAAUUAACAGUCAAGGAAUAACGGCAUGCUGAGGCAGACGACGACUCGCUCGAAAGCCAUCGACCGCUGUGUGUUGCAUCAAGUCUCACUCUGCCGACAGUAAACAUGCCAUGGAUAACUGGGUUUAUUAGCAGGGGGGCUUUUAACAACCCCCCCUCAGGAUCGGGUCUCAGUCAGUUAUGUGGACCUCUUCUCCUACAAUAAUUUAAUUGGAUGUUCAGUACCUUUAUGAAAGCAAGUGGUCUACAGCUUUACUGUUUGUUUUCAGCAAUGUUUUGUUGUUUUAUCUAUUUUGUAUUUUGUUCAUGUUUACAUUGUAUCCUGCAUUGCCCUAAAAAAAAACAAAAAACAAAAAAACCAAUAAAAUAUAUCAUUCUUCUUCUUUCA